GCGAGUCCUGUCCAGCGUGCAGAGGGUCCGCAACGAGUCUGAGCUGGGCUGCGUUGUUCCGUUUCGUUGUUCGCCGCUGCCGGUUGUUAUUGUUGCCGUCGUCGGUCCAUUUGCCUCGUUCCACUCGCGUAAUCGCCGGCGGUGGUGCGUGCGAGCAAGCAAGCAGCGAACCGUCAACGGAAGGCCGCAAACGUGGUCUGGCGAGAAACGAGAUCGCGCGCGGUGUGUUCGUAAGUGGCGUUACACCGGUGUAUCAGUCGGUCGUCCGAUCGUCGAACGAUUCGGCUGCGCCGCGAGCGACGACUCCUCUCGAUCGUUCGCUUCACCAGCGAUACGAUACCGGACCAGCCUGGACAAAGUUCAUCGCCACUCCGUUCGUGGUUCAUCGACGUUCGAGCACGGGUCAACCGAGCUGUGACCCUAGCUUCCAGGAAACACCAUGCCAGAUGGACUUUUGAUCGUUCUCCUGGCCGCGAUCGCCGCCUUGACCGAUGCCGCCUCCAUCGGACAUGCCAGCUUCAAGGCCACGGACUGCGAUAGUGAGAUCUAUUGUAAGGGGAAAUUAUUGAAAACCGUCCAACUGAACGAGGUCUUUCCUGACAGCAAAACAUUCGUCGAUCUUCAUCAACUACAGGAUCCAGAAGUGACCAUGGCCAAUUUCUACCGCCUGCUGAACGCAACGAAUAAUAAACCGACUCGAAUGCAGCUGACUCAAUACGUUAAUGAGAAUUUCGCGUCAUCGAACGAAUUGGUGAAUUGGACGCUGCCAGAUUGGACGGAGAAUCCUUCGAUUCUGAAACGUAUCCAGGAGCCGAAAUACCGAGAAUGGGCGAAAUAUCUGAAUGAAAUCUGGAAGGACUUGGCGAGGAAGAUGAGCGACGAUGUUGAAAUACAUCCAGAGAGACACAGUUUGAUUUACGUAAAGAAUGGGUUUAUUAUUCCCGGAGGUCGUUUUAAAGAAUUCUACUAUUGGGACAGUUACUGGGUGAUUGAAGGGCUCUUGUUAUCCGACAUGUAUCAAACUGCCAGAGGAAUGAUAGACAAUUUCGUGUACAUGGUGGAGAAAUAUGGGUUCAUACCCAACGGGGGUAGAAUUUAUUACCUUAUGAGGAGCCAACCGCCCCUAUUACAUCUCAUGGUUUCAAGGUACUUGGAUUUCACGGGAGACUACAAAUAUCUUGGUAUAAUUUUACCUACGCUGGAGAAGGAGUUCGCGUUUUGGCAGCAACAGAAAAUGAUAGAUGUUACAAAAGAUGGAAGGACCUACAAGAUGGGACACUACGUUGUCAAUAGCGCCAGACCACGACCAGAAAGUUACAGAGAGGAUUACAAUAUGGCGCAAGAACUGCCAGAGAAAGACCGGGAUUUCUUUUACAAUAACAUAAAGGCAGGCGCCGAAAGCGGUUGGGACUUUUCCAACAGGUGGUGUUUGACCAACAACAAAAACGCACCGCUCAGUUUACUGAACAUUAGCACGCAGUACAUUAUACCUGUCGACCUUAAUGCAAUCUUGCAGCAGAACGGACGCCUUCUCAGCGAAUUUCACUCUCUCCUGGGGAAUAGCGCGAAAGCUCAGUAUUACGCGAAAAUCGCGACAGAACUUCAGCUUGGCAUCGACAAUGUUCUGUGGAACGAAGACGAAGGGAUAUGGUUCGACUACGACAUGAGUCAUAAGGCACCCAGAAAAACAUUUUACCCUUCGAAUCUUGCGCCAUUAUACACGAGAAGUUACAAUCGCAAUCAACGGGAACAGUACGCAUUGAGUGCUGUAAAAUAUCUGAAAUUGCAGACCAUCGACAGUUUCUUUGGCGGCACACCCACGUCACUAAAUUACACGGGCGAACAAUGGGAUUUUCCAAACGCUUGGCCACCACUACAAUCGUUCAUUGUGAUGGGUCUUUACUGGACCGGAGUGAGAGAAGCAAUGGAGUUCGCCGAUGAAUUAGCAUCUAGAUGGCUUAGUUCUAAUUACGCUGGCUUUGUCGAAACCGGACAAAUGUUUGAAAAGUACGAUUCGAGUAUACCUGGUCAAGGAGGUGGCGGAGGGGAGUACAACGUUCAGACCGGUUUUGGAUGGACCAAUGGGGUAGUACUGGAAUUUCUUAACACCUUCUCCUCCCUUAGAGUUAAGGAACCGAGGAACAACAGCGAAUUGUACAUGGCGAUCGAAGAAUAACAGGUUUCAUCGAUGACAAUGCAACGCGUAUAUUCCAAUGAAUCUAGUCUAUACGAAAA